UCCAUUAUGGGUCACUGAAAUGAGCAAGCGUUACCGCAGCCAAGGUAUACUGUUUAUUUUUGUGAAACCUGCAUCCCACUGUCUGGAUAUAAGACAAAGAAGGGUAUCUUGCCCAAAUGGACAACAGCCCCUCUUUUAUCCACAGGAAGAUAACGGGGCACCUCACCUUCCCUCUACUUGCUGUCACAGUCCUGUCAUCAUUUGGAUCCUCAAUGCUCUAUGGCUACAAUCUUGCUGUCGUGAACUCUCCAGCAGUGCAUAUCAAAGCCUUCUACAAUUCAACAUGGCACCACCGCUAUGGCGAAGGCCUGGCUCCAGGGCGACUUACACUCAUGUACUCACUGACUGUCUCAGUCUUUGCCCUGGGUGGCCUGGUGGGGUCCUUUCCUGUGGGAAUCCUGGUCACUAUAUAUGGAAGGAAUGGUACCUUGGUGCGUAGCAAUCUCCUUGUCCUCCUGGCUGGCACAUUAAUGGGGUUCAGUCGCUACUUGGAAUCACCUGAAAUGGUCAUUUUUGGACGGUUCAUCACUGGUGUUCACUCUGGGAUCUGUCUCAGUGUCGUGCCCAUGUACCUGGGAGAAAUUGCCCCUAAGAACCUCCGUGGAUUCCUGGGUCUUGUACCAAGCAUCUUCAUCUGUCUGGGGGUUUUCUCUGCCCAGGUCCUUGGCCUUCCAGAGCUUCUGGGGGAGGAUGCCUACUGGCCUCUCAUCCUCUCUGUGGUGGUUGUGCCUGCCUUUGUGCAGUUGUUGCUGCUGAAUUGGUUUCCAGAAAGCCCCCGUUACCUGCUUAUUGAGAAGAAUGAUGUCCAUGAAGCUACUAUUGCUCUGAGAUGGUUCCUUGGCAAGUACGAUGUGCAGGAUGUGAUUGAAGAGAUGCAGGAGGAGAAGCGUUCGCUUGCUUCUGUGGAGACUGUGUCUGUGUGGCAAUUAUUGCUAGAUCGCUCAGUGCGGUGGCAAGUUUUCUCUGUCGUGGUGAUCAACAUGGGCAUGCAGCUAUCAGGAAUUGAUGCGAUCUGGUUUUACACAAAUGCCAUUUUUGAGAAUGCUGGCAUUCCUGACCCAGAGAUCCCCUAUACAACUGUGGGCACUGGUGCAAUUGAAGUCGUUGCUGGUUUGAUAGGUUGUUUCACCAUUGAAAAGCUGGGCCGCCGUCCACUCAUCAUAGUUGGCUUCUGCUUCAUGGGCAUCUGCUGUGCUGGCAUCACCCUCUCUCUGUUGUUGCAGGCUAUUGUCUCCUGGAUGCGCUACGUCAGUGUGGCAUGUGUCAUUGGAAUCAUUGCAGGAUUCUGCAUAGGCCCAGCUGGGGUACCAUUUUUGAUGACAGCUGAACUCUUCAAGCAAUCCCACCGGCCACCAGCCUACAUUGUUGGGGGGUCCCUCAACUGGCUCUCAAACUUCACUGUCGGUUUUGUGUUUCCUUUCCUGCAGGUGUCAGCUGGUGCCUUCUGCUACUUAGUCUUCUGUGGUGUCUGCCUUUUGGUUGCAUUGUAUGUCUAUUUCAUCAUUCCCGAGACUAAAAACAAGACAUUUAUGGAAAUCAGCCACAUAUUUGCCUCUCGCCACACCUUCUUCUCUCGCUUGCCUGAUGCUGUCAAGAUGAUCAAGUUCAAUGGCUAUGGUGCCCUGGAAAACAGUUCCCUGGAAUUCUCUGGGUCAGAGUCUAAUCCAUGAUGCUUUCCCUGUUCAUAAUUUCAUGAUGGCAUUUCCCCUCCUAUUGGAAAUCCAUUUUAGUGAGCUGUCCUUGGGCAUAGGGAGAUGGGACUUAUUGAUUCUCUUCCUAUAUUUCCUUUCUUUCUGCCUGGCCAUCAGUACAGAACAGACUUGUGGAUGUUUUUUCUUCCUCCUUCUGCCCUACUAUCCCUCAUCUGCAACUGGCCCAGAUAUUUGUGAGCACUUUUAUUUCCAAAUUUGUUCAUCCUUCUUCAUUGCCUGCUUCUGAGGCCUUGAAAUCAAAACAAUUGAGUAAAAAUUAUUUUCAGGAAAUUGAUAUAUAAGAACUGUUUAUAAUGUCAUGGAAGGACUCAUCCUCUUUCCUGUCAGAAUAUUUAGAAAGUUUUAGGGAGACUUAUCAACCUUGUUUCAAGUUGCAGGCAGCCAUGUGGGCAAGAGGGUUGGACUAGGUGGCCCUUGGCUUUGUUUCCCAUUCUAUGGUUUUGUGACUCUGCGCCAGCAUAUAGCUUGUGACCAUAUUCAGGAAUCAACAAUAAGGAGGCAUUCCUGCAGUACCACAGAUUUUGGUACAAUCUAGAGGGAUUUUUUUGCAGGGGGGGUUUCAUUUACAAAUCCUAGAAUCCCCACAGCCAGAAAGACCACUGGUCAAACUGGCUAGUGAGUUCUGAGAGCUAUAAUCCCCCAAAGUGACCUUUUCAAAUCACUGGGAGGGGUAAGGGUGAUGCAGAUUGCACCGGGUGACACUCCAGAAGAGGGGUGACACCCAGUUGGCCCCUCCUCCCCCUUCAAUGCAGGAGGGGAGGAUGCACACCCUUCCCAGCUGCUCCAUUCCCUGGCUUUCUCCCCAGGGAGGAAGCUGAGGGAUGGAGAAGCAGGAGGGCUGAAUGCAUGCCCUUCCAGCUUAGUUAGUGACACCAAUAUUUCCAAAUCUGGUACAAUUACUUUAUUCAUGUAUUUUGUGAAGGUGCAAUGAUGUGCAUACAUCCCACAUGGAACAAAUAAAAGUCAAAGUAGAAGUAAAUAAAAUUUUAAAAUCAAAUAAAUGCUAACCCAGCUAUGGAACUGUCUGCUAAAAACAUGUGAGCAAUGCACUGCUGGCACAUUCCUCACAGCAACAUUAAUCUAUCCAUAACAAAAAUAUUAUACCAAAUAAGCUACUAAAUAGUCCCCCAAACCACAACAAAUAUCCAUACAAAGAUAACAGCAACAACACAAUUAGAGUCACAUCUAUCCUUGUGAGAAUGCAAAGCCAAAAGAAAUCUCUCUCUUAGUUUCAUACACAUACACACACAGAAUAGUUACAGAGAAACAGAGCACUGCUUAAACAAAUACAAUAAAUACACAAAUAUCUGUUGAUAGUUGGGAAACUAGAAUAUGCUAGAACUUUGUACGAAGAGGCUGUUGUUAGACUAGGUCUCAUUUGAAUAUAUUAAGUGUGCAGACU